AUGAUAUGCCAAACACAGUCGUACGUGGCUACGUGGUGUCCUGUGUGUGACAAACGAGUAAGCAACAAAGGAAAAGAUACGAACGGUCUUCUUGCACAUAUUCGUAAAUUUCAUCCAAAACGUUCUAACCAAUAUUUGCUUCAGAAAGAAGAAGGGCCAAAAAUAACAACCAAAAAAACAGCGUCAAAGAUUACAGAACUGCAGUCGUUCGGUAACACAGACAGCAAUUCUAAGAAAAGCGAAACAAAAAAAGUUUAUGCCACUCGUGUGGACACAUGGAAAUCCCAUAAUGAAAAAAAAAUUUGUCCUCGAUGUCAUAAGGAAGCAAUACCGACUCUUCAUACUCGAGGAGACAAGUUGACGACUUCUCAUAUUGGUGCUUUGUGUCUUUUAGGAUGUUGGCCGCUUUGUUUUGUACCAUUGAUAAUGAAACGUGCGAAGAAAGUUCGUAUGUUCUGCCCCCUGUGUGGAUACAUGUACGGCAAUUUUCAAUAUAAAAACACCGGAUUAGCACCAUGCAAAACAGAUUCCGAGGAAUCGCAGACCCGACUUUCAUCUCCACCGAGAAGCUUUCGUUUAUGUGCAGAAAAAGAAGAACAAAAAAAUUGA